AUGUCAUCUGCAUCCGAUACUCAAUUUGCAACAGUUAUGGCUGAGAAAUCGUCGAAAAUAAUAAUAGAUUCGCCUGACGUUCGACGAGAAUCUUCUAAAAAUAGAUUUGACUUGAAAAAUGUACGCGAUGCUUUUGUCAAUUGUAUUCAACCCGACAAUGUGCUUCUACUAGGUGAAUAUGUUCGUGCUUACGAAGAAUUAUGCAUAUUUGUUUGUUCUUUGGGUACUGUAUUUGAAUGGGCAACAAAAGAUUUAUCAAAUAAACUAAUUGUGUUGAAAGAACAUCAACGUUUCGAUCCAAUGAAUUAUGAAACUAUUCAAUCGAUGAUUUUAUAUGAAAUUGAAUCGGGACGUAUUCAAUCAAGAGAUACAACACUAUUUAGUCAAACUGGAAAACCAUUACAAAAUGGUAGUCGAACAUUAUUAAGAUUGCAUCGAGCACUUGCGUUUCUUUCGGCGUUUUUAAGUGAGAUGCGAAAUGCAUCAGAUGAUGCUAGUUCAGCAACUAUCGCUUGCAAUGCAUACUCUGCAACUCUUGCACAAUAUCAUUCAUGGCCAAUCAGAUAUACGAUCAUUGGUGCCAUUAAAGUAGCAGUUCCAAAUCGCCAAGAACUUGUCAAUAAGCUUCUUACGAAACGAACUACUGAUGAAAUCAAUACAUACGCCGACGAAAUAGUGCAAGCGUGUAAUAUGAUUGAACGCACAACACAAGAACUUUUCAAAACCUAUAAUCUGGUAAAAUUGCCAUAA